GACCAGCCACCAUAAAAAUGAGUGGCUCCCACCCCCGCCAGCACCAGUCGGUCCAACCGGCGCUCAGCGCCCUCUCCCCGGACAUGCCUGCUACAGAAAAGGACCUCGCAGAGGGCGCGACGUGGAAGAAGAUCCAACAGAACACGUUCACCCGCUGGUGUAACGAGCAUCUGAAAUGUGUCAACAAGCAGAUCACCAAUCUCCAGACGGACCUGGGCGACGGGCUGCGGCUCAUCGGACUCCUGGAGGUGUUGAGUCAGAAGAAAAUGUUCAGGAAAUACAACCAGAAGCCCACCUUCCGACAGAUGCAGCUCGAGAACGUCUCGGUGGCGCUCGAGUUUCUAGACAAGGAGAACAUCAAGUUGGUGUCAAUAGACUCCAAGGCCAUAGUAGAUGGUAAUCUGAAGCUGAUCCUUGGCAUGGUGUGGACUCUGAUCCUCCACUACUCCAUCUCCAUGCCCAUGUGGGACGAGGAGGAGGAGGGCGGCGACGGCCAGCACAAGACCCCAAAACAGAGGCUUCUGGGAUGGAUCCAGAACAAGCUCCCAGAUAUCUCCAUCCACAACUUCAGCAGAGACUGGCGGAGUGGCAGAGCACUGGGGGCACUGGUCAACAGCUGUGCUCCGGGCCUGUGUGCAGACUGGAACCAGUGGGACCAAACUAAACCAGUGGAGAACGCCCGGGAGGCCAUGAAACAGGCUGAUAACUGGCUGGGCAUCCCUCAGGUGAUAACCCCAGAGGAAAUUGUUGACCCCAAUGUAGAUGAACAUUCCGUGAUGACAUACCUGUCCCAGUUCCCCAAGUCCAAACUGAAACCUGGCGCACCCCUGUGCCCCGGACUCGACCCCAAGAAUGCCUGCGCAUAUGGACCAGGUAUAGAGCCAGUAGGUAACGCUGUGAUGAAGAAGGCUGUGUUUACAGUGGAGACCAUCAGUGCUGGGAUGGGAGAGGUCCUAGUGCAUGUAGAGGACCCUGCCGGACACAGAGAGGAGGCCAAAGUGACAGCCAACAAUGAUACGAACCAAACCUACUCUGUCUUCUACAUACCCAAGGUCACUGGGAUGCACAAGGUGACGGUGCUGUUUGCGGGGCUACACAUCAAUAAGUCUCCGUAUGAGGUGGAUGUGGGGAUGGCCCAGGGAGACAGCAGUAAAGCUACAGCUCAGGGACCCGGACUAGAACCUGCCGGGAACAUCGCCAAUGAGACCACAUGCUUUGACGUCUACACCGCAGGUGCUGGUGUGGGAGAGGUGGAGGUGGUGAUCAUGGACCCAGUGGGUAAGAAGGACGUGGUGGUGUGUCAGAUAGAGGAUAAGGGCAACAGUUCGUACCGCUGCACCUACAAACCCACCCUGGAGGGGACCCACACCAUCUACGUUACCUUCGCUGGAGGACAGAUCAGCAAGAACCCCUUCACUGUCAACAUAGGAGAGGCUUGUAACCCCAGCCUGGUUCGGGCUAAGGGCCGUGGUCUCCAGCCUAAAGGCCUCCGGGUGAAGGAGACAGCUGACUUCAGAGUCUUCACCAAAGGAGCUGGGACUGGAGAACUCAAAGUCAGCAUCAAGGGCCCCAAGGGCCUGGAGGAGCCAUGUAAGAGGAAGGAUGUUGGAGACGGAGUGUUUGGGUUUGAGUACUACCCCACCACCCCCGGAACAUACAGUAUAACGAUAACCUGGGGAGGACAACACAUCCUCAGCAGCCCGUUGGAGGUGAAGAUUGGUUCGGAGGCAGGGCCACAGAAUGUGCGUGCCUGGGGGCCUGGCCUGGAGACCGGCAUUAUGGGUAAAUCUGCCGACUUCGUGGUCGAGGCCGUUGGAGACAACGUGGGAACACUGGGUUUCUCGGUGGAGGGCCCGUCCCAGGCGAAGAUCGAGUGUGAUGAUAAGGGCGACGGGUCAUGUGACGUGCGGUACUGGCCAAUGGAAGCAGGAGAGUACGCGGUGCAUGUGCUCUGUAACAACGAGGAUAUCCAGCACUCUCCCUUCAUGGCUGACAUCACUGCUGCUCCAAACAAGGACUUCUACCCUGAUAAGGUGAAAGUGCAUGGUCCAGGUCUACAGAGUAGUGGUCUAGCUGUGGGCAAACGGACUGAGUUCACCGUCGACGCCAAACUAGGAGGCAAAGCCCCUCUCAGGAUCCUGGCACAGGAUUGUGAGGGUACCCCAGUAGAUGUCCAGGUGAAGGAUAAUGGUAAUGGGACGUACACCUGCAGUUACACCCCCAAGAAACCCCUCAAACACACCAUCAUGGUGUCUUGGGGCGGGGUCAACAUACCGGACAGUCCUUUCAGGAUGAGUAUCGGGGCAGGCUGCCACCCUAACAAGGUGAAGGUGUCAGGUCCUGGUGUGGCUAAAACAGGGCUGAAGGCUUUUGAACCAACAUCCUUCACUGUGGACUGUACUGAGGCGGGACAAGGGGACAUCAGUAUAGGUAUAAAGUGCUCUCCAGGUGUGGUGGGACCGGCGGAGGAGGCAGACAUCGACUUCGACAUCAUCAGGAACGACGACGACACGUUUACUGUUAAAUACACCCCGCCAGGCGCUGGUAGCUACACCAUCAUGGUGCUGUUCGCUGACCAGACCAUCCCCAUGACUCCCAUCAGGAUCAAAGUUGACCCGUCACAUGACGCCAGCAAGGUCAAGGCCGAGGGACCAGGACUCAACCAUAGUGGUGUGGAGUUGGCCAAGCCGACCCACUUCACAGUAAAUACCAAGGCCGCAGGUAAAGCCAAGCUGGACGCUGUGUUCUCCGGCCCGGGUAAAGGAGAGACGGUCAAGGACUUUGAGAUCAUCAACAACCCCGAUAACACCCAUACGGUCAAGUACACCCCUGUCCAGCAGGGUGUUCUGGGAUUGGCCCUCACCUACGGAGGAGAUUCUAUUCCCAAGAGUCCCUUCUCCAUCCCCGUGGCACCAAGCCUUGACCUCAGCAAGAUACAAGUGGCUGGACUGGGUGAUAAGAUGACGGUGGGUAAGGACCAGGAAGUGACCGUGAAGUCUGAAGGAGCAGGAGGCCAGGGGAAAGUCUGGGCCAAUGUUACAGGGCCUUCUGGGAAGCCUGUCACCAGCAAGGUGGAGGCAGGUCUUAAACCAGAGACCAGUCAAGUGAAGUUUAUCCCUUGGGAGGCGGGGCCAUAUCAGGUGGAGCUGACCUUUGACGGAGCUCCGAUCCCAGGAUCCCCCUUCAACCCCACCGCCUAUCCCCCCACCGAUGCCACCAAGGUGAAGUGUUCCGGCCCAGGGUUGGAGCGUGCCAAGGUGGGAGAGACUGGGGAGUUUGUGGUGGACUGUACCAGCGCGGGUCCAGCUGAGCUGACCAUAGAGAUCAUCAGUGACACCGGGACAGAGGCAGAGGUCCACAUCCAGGACAACGGAGACGGAUCCUACACCAUCACCUACAUCCCCCUGUACCCCGGCUCCUACACCCUCACCAUCCGCUACGGGGGGCAGGAUGUACCCAACUUCCCCGCCUGCCUGACCGUGGAGCCGGCGGUCAACACCAGCGGAGUCCGCGUGUUCGGACCGGGAGUAGAGGGCAAAGGCGUGUUCCGUGAGGCAACCACAGACUUCACGGUAGACGCGCGGCCUCUGACCCAGAUGGGAGGGAAGCACAUCAAGACAGUCAUCCAGAACCCAUCUGGAGCCGUUACCGACGCUGUCAUCACCGACCACUGUGACGGAACCUACAGCGUAGAGUACACUCCCUACCAAGAGGGUCCCCACAUUGUAGAUGUGGUGUACGAUGAGACACCAGUACCCAACAGUCCAUUCCAUGUUGGCGUGACGGAGGGGUGUGACGCGGGGCGUGUGCGUGUGCAUGGACCCGGCCUGGACAGAGGCAUCACUAACAAAGCCAAUACAUUCACAGUGGAGACCCGUGGUGCGGGUACGGGGGGUCUGGGUCUGGGAGUAGACGGCCCAUCGGAGGCUAAGAUGUCCUGCACCGACAACAAAGAUGGCAGCUGCAGUGUAGAGUACAUUCCCUACGAGGCUGGAACAUAUAACCUCAACAUCACCUACGGAGGACAGCCUAUUGUUGGCAGUCCCUUCCAGGUGUCUGUCAGCAACACGGUGGACAUUUCUAAGGUUCAGUGCAUGGGGGAGGGGCUUGGAACCAACGUGCGUGCCAACAUUCCACAGGCUUUCUCCGUGGACACCUCUAAAGCAGGAGUUGCCCCUCUACAAGUCAGAGUACAAGGACCCAAAGGUGUUGUAGAGUCAGUAGAUUUAGUGGAUAAUGGAGACCAGACUCACACAGUGAACUACAUCCCGACCAGAGAGGGACCUUACUCUAUCAAUGUACUGUACGCUGACCAAGAGAUACAAAGCAGUCCCUACAAGGUCCAGGUGUUGCCUACCCAUGAUGCCAGUAAGGUGCGUGCCAGCGGCCCCGGUCUCAACACCACCGGAGUGCCCGCCUCUCUGCCUGUCGAGUUCACCAUCGACGUCAAGGAUGCAGGAGUUGGGCUGCUCGCUGUGCAGAUCACUGACCCAGAGGGGAAGCCUAAGAAGGCCAGUAUCUGUGACAACAAGGACGGGACCUAUCUGGUGUCGUAUAUACCUGACAUGGCAGGUCGUUACACCGUGCUGAUAAAGUAUGGAGGGGACGAGAUCCCUCACUCCCCUUACCACAUCAGCGCUCUACCUACUGGAGAUGCCAGCAAGUGUACCAUCACAGGAACUGGUGUGGGUACGACCAUCCAGAGCGGCGAGCAGACCGUCAUCACUGUGAAUGCAAAGGCUGCUGGAAAAGGAAAGGUGACGUGCAGUGUGUCUACCCCAGAAGGGGUGGAGUUAGAUGUAGACGUUGUGGAGAAGGAGGAUGGAACCUUUGAUAUUUUCUACACCGCCCCCCAGCCUGGAGAUUACUGUAUCUGCGUUCGCUUUGGAGGGGAACUCAUCCCCAACAGCCCCUUCCUAGUCACGGCAUUGGAAGGAUCCCCCUCAGAUCAGCUCCUCCAACAGGAACAACAACCACAGUACUACAGUCAACAACCCUCGGCAACAGACGGGCCAAUGCGAACGAACGGUUUGGACGUUGAGGGACUCCGGCCGUUUGAUCUGAUCAUCCCCUUCACCAUCCAGAAUGGAGAGAUCACAGGUGAUGUGCGCAUGCCGUCAGGUAAGACAGCCAAGCCAGACAUCACAGACAACAAGGACGGGACAGCAACGGUUACAUAUGCUCCAACUGAGGUCGGCCUGCACGAGAUGGACAUCAAAUACGACGGGAUACACAUCCCUGGUAGUCCCCUCCAGUUCUAUGUGGACUAUGUGAACAGCGGGAACGUCAGUGCGUACGGACCGGGCCUUAUCCACGGGACCGUCAACAAACCUGCUGUCUUCACAGUCAACACCAAGGACGCAGGAGAGGGUGGUCUGUCGCUGGCCAUCGACGGUCCAUCUAAAGCCGACAUCAGCUGUGUGGAUAACCAGGAUGGAACGUGUUCUGUGUCCUACCUGCCUGUUCUACCUGGAGACUACAGUAUCCUGGUCAAAUACAAUGACAAACACAUCCCCGGCAGCCCCUUCUCAGCCCGCAUCACAGGUGAUGACUCUAUGAGGAUGUCCCAUCUGAAGGUGGGCUCUGCUGCUGACAUCCCAUUGGACAUCGGAGAGCUGGACCUGAGUCAGCUGACUGCUUGUCUGACCACGCCCUCGGGCCAGGAGGAACCCUGCCACCUCAAGAUGCUUCGUAACGGACAUGUCGGCAUCUCGUUUGUUCCCACGGAGAUUGGAGAGCACCUGGUGAACAUCAAGAAAAACAGACACCAUAUUCCCAGCAGCCCCAUCACUGUGAUGAUCAGCCAAUCAGGGAUCGGCGACGCCAGCCGGGUGUGUGUGACUGGCCAGGGCCUCAGUGAGGCCAAAACCUUCGAACCCGCUGAGUUCAUCAUCGACACACACGAAGCAGGCUAUGGGGGUCUGAGUCUGUCCAUCGAGGGCCCCAGUAAGGUGGACAUUAACACUGAGGACCAGGAGGAUGGCACCUGUAAGGUCAGCUACUGCCCUACUGAACCAGGAAACUACAUCAUCAACAUCAAGUUCGCCGACCAACACGUACCAGGGAGUGCGUUCACAGUGAAGGUGACCGGAGAAGGGAGGAUGAAGGAGAGUAUCACCAUGACGAAGAGAGCAGCAUCUGUUGCUAACGUGGGCAGCCAGUGUGACCUCAGCCUCAAGAUCCCAGAGAUCAGCAUAGCAGACAUGGUGGGUCAGGUGACCAGUCCGUCUGGUCAGGUCCAGGAAGCUGACAUCAUGGAGGAAGAGAACAACACCUGCUGCAUCCGCUUUGUUCCCACGGAGACCGGCGUGCACACAGUGUGUGUGAAGUACGCGGGCGUGCACGUGCCCGGCAGCCCCUUCCAGUUCACUGUGGGGCCCCUGGGAGAAGGAGGGGCCCACAAGGUCCGCGCUGGGGGGCCCGGGCUGGAGAGGGCAGAGGUUGGAGUACCAGCUGAGUUCAGUAUCUGGACACGGGAGGCGGGUGCAGGGGGUCUCAGCAUCGCGGUGGAGGGGCCCAGUAAAGCAGAGAUCACCUUCGAGGACCGCAAGGACGGGUCCAAUGGAGUAUCCUACAUGGUCCAGGAGUCAGGAGACUAUGAGGUGUCUAUCCGUUUCAACGAGGAGCACAUCCCUGACAGUCCCUUCGUGGUUCCCGUGGCGUCGCCCUCUGAUGACGCCAGACGACUCACUGCCAGUCUUCAGGAGUCCGAGUUGAAGGUCAACCACCCAGCAUCCUUUGCUGUGAGCCUGAACGGAGCGAAGGGACAGAUCGACGCUAAAGUCCACAGCCCAUCUGGAGCCCUGGAGGGCUGCUGUGUUACUGAGCUAGACCAGGAUAAAUAUGCUGUGAGGUUCAUUCCUAGAGAGAACGGUCUGUAUCUGAUCGAUGUGAAGUUCAACGGCAGUCACAUCCCCGGCAGCCCCUUCAAAAUCAGAGUAGGGGAGACAGGACAGGCUGGAGACCCAGGCAUGGUGACCGCCUACGGAGCUGGAUUAGAGGGAGGAACCACUGGUACAGCCUGUGAGUUCGUGGUCAACACCAGUAAGGCGGGCCCCGGGGCACUGGCGGUGACCAUCGACGGCCCCUCCAAGGUGAAGAUGGACUGUGUUGAGUGUCCGGAGGGUUACAAGGUGACCUACGCCCCCAUGGCUCCAGGAAACUACUUGAUCUCCAUCAGAUACGGAGGACCUUACCACAUCGUAGGAUCCCCCUUCAAGGCCAAGAUCACUGGCUCCAAGCUGGUCAGUAGCCAUAGCAACCACGAGACGUCCAGCGUCAUGGUCGAUGCCGUGACUCGCCAGGUCAGCUACUCCCACCAGGGAGCUCCCAGCCAAUCGGACGCCAGCUGUGUGACAGCCGAGGGGCUCGGUCUAUCAAAGGGUUUCAUCGACCAGAAGAACAUCUUCAGCGUGGACUGCAGCAAAGCAGGUCGUAACAUGCUGUUGGUGGGUGUGGACGGGCCCAGGGUUCCCUGUGAGGAGGUUCUGGUGAAGCAUCUUGGGAACCGUGUCUAUAACAUCAGCUACCAGCUCAAGGAGAAGGGAGAGUACAUCCUGGUAGUGAAGUGGGGAGAACAACACAUCCCUGGCAGCCCCUACCACAUCACUGUCUAGACCAAUCAGAUUCUACCACAUCACUGUCUAGACCAAUCAGAUUCUACCACAUCACUGUCUAGACCAAUCAGAUUCUACCACAUCACUGUCUAGACCAAUCAGAUUCUACCACAUCACUGUCUAGACCAAUCAGAUUCUACCACAUCACUGUCUAGACCAAUCAGAUUCAACCACAUCACUGUCUAGACCAAUCAGAUUCUACCACAGCACUGUCUAGACCAAUCAGAUUCUACCACAUCACUGUCUAGACCAAUCAGAUUCUACCACAUCACUGUCUAGACCAAUCAGAUUCUACCACAUCACUGUCUAGACCAAUCAGAUUCUACCACAACACUGUCUAGACCAAUCAGAUUCUACCACAUCACUGUCUAGACCAAUCAGAUUCUACCAUAUCAUUGUCUAGACCAAUCAGAUUCUACCAUAUCAUUGUCUUGACCAAUCAGAUUCAACCACAUCAUUGUUUAGACCAAUCAGAUUCUACCAUAUCAUUGUCUAGACCAAUCAGAUUCUACCAUAUCAUUGUCUAGACCAAUCAGAUUCUACCAUAUCAUUGUCUAGACCAAUCAGAUUCUACCACAUCAUUGUUUAGACCAAUCAGAUUCUACCAUAUCAUUGUCUAGACCAAUCAGAUUUUACCACAUCACUGUUUAGACCAAUCAGAUUCUACCACAUCAUUGUCUAGACCAAUCAGAUUCUACCACAUCAUUGUCUAGACCAAUCAGAUUCUACCAUAUCAUUGUCUAGACCAAUCAGAUUCUACCACAUCACUGUUUAGACCAAUCAGAUUCUACCACAUCAUUGUCUAGACCAAUCAGAUUCUACCACAUCACUGUCUAGACCAAUCAGAUUCUACCACAUCACUGUCUAGACCAAUCAGAAUCUACCACAUCACUGUCUAGACCAAUCAGAUUCUACCACAUCACUGUUUAGACCAGGGUUCCCCAAAAGGCGGCCCGGUUAUUUUGUUUUAAAGUUUUCUGACAAUAAAUAAAUGUUAUUUAAAUGUUUUAUUGUUGGACAUAAAAGACUAAACACUCACAGGCGUGCCGAAGGUUACCGACUCCAGUCAGAUUUAACCAUACCACUGUCUAACCAAUCAGAGUGUCCCAAGUCACUGUCUAACCAAUCAGAGUGUCCCAAGUCACUGUCUAACCAAUCAGAGUGUCCCAAGUCACUGUCUAACCAAUCAGAGUGUCCCAAGUCACUGUCUAACCAAUCAGAGUGUCCCAAGUCACUGUCUAACCAAUCAGGGGUGUCCCAAGUCACUGUCUAACCAAUCAGAGUGUCCCAAGUCACUGUCUAACCAAUCAGAGUGUCCCAAGUCACUGUCUAACCAAUCAGAGUGUCCCAAGUCACUGUCUAACCAAUCAGCGAUUACAACCUUCCAUACACAUACACCAUAACCCAAACCAAACAAUAAUGCAUAAAAUGAAUAUUCCUCUAUUCAUCCCUCUGUCCUCCCUCCCCAUCAUUCCUCUAUUCAUCCCUCUGUCCUCCCUCCCCAUCAUCCCUCUGUCCUCCCUCCCCAUCAUCCCUCUGUCCUCCCUCCCCAUCAUCCCUCUGUCCUCCCUCCCCAUCAUCCCUCUGUCCUCCCUCCCCAUCAUUCCUCUGUCCUCCCUCCCCAUCAUUCCUCUAUUCAUCCCUCUGUCCUCCCUCCCCAUCAUCCCUCUGUCCUCCCUCCCCAUCAUCCCUCUGUCCUCCCUCCCCAUCAUCCCUCUGUCCUCCCUCCCCAUCAUUCCUCUGUCCUCCCUCCCCAUCAUUCCUCUAUUCAUCCCUCUGUCCUCCCUCCCCAUCAUUCCUCUAUUCAUUCCUCUGUCCUCCCUCCCCAUCAUUCCUCUAUUCAUUCCUCUGUCCUCCCUCCCCAUCAUUCCUCUAUUCAUCCCUCUGUCCUCCCUCCCCAUCAUUCCUCUAUUCAUCCCUCUGUCCUCCCUCCCAUCAUUCCUCUCUUCAUCCCUCUGUCCUCCCUCCCCAUCAUUCCUCUGUCCUCCCUCCCCAUCAUUCCUCUAUUCAUCCCUCUGUCCUCCCUCCCCAUCAUUCCUCUAUUCAUCCCUCUGUCCUCCCUCCCCAUCAUCCCUCUGUCCUCCCUCCCCAUCAUUCCUCUAUUCAUCCCUCUGUCCUCCCUCCCCAUCAUCCCUCUGUCCUCCCUCCCCAUCAUUCCUCUAUUCAUUCCUCUGUCCUCCCUCCCCAUCAUCCCUCUGUCCUCCCUCCCCAUCAUCCCUCUGUCCUCCCUCCCCAUCAUCCCUCUGUCCUCCCUCCCCAUCAUUCCUCUCUUCAUCCCUCUGUCCUCCCUCCCCAUCAUUCCUCUGUCCUCCCUCCCCAUCAUUCCUCUAUUCAUCCCUCUGUCCUCCCUCCCCAUCAUUCCUCUAUUCAUCCCUCUGUCCUCCCUCCCCAUCAUCCCUCUGUCCUCCCUCCCCAUCAUCCCUCUGUCCUCCCUCCCCAUCAUUCCUCUAUUCAUCCCUCUGUCCUCCCUCCCCAUCAUUCCUCUAUUCAUCCCUCUGUCCUCCCUCCCCAUCAUUCCUCUAUUCAUCCCUCUGUCCUCCCUCCCCAUCAUCCCUCUGUCCUCCCUCCCCAUCAUUCCUCUAUUCAUCCCUCUGUCCUCCCUCCCCAUCAUUCCUCUAUUCAUCCCUCUGUCCUCCCUCCCCAUCAUCCCUCUGUCCUCCCUCCCCAUCAUUCCUCUAUUCAUCCCUCUGUCCUCCCUCCCCAUCAUUCCUCUAUUCAUCCCUCUGUCCUCCCUCCCCAUCAUAAUCAUUAGCAGUCAUAGGGAAACAUGCACCUAUUAUUACUGUAACUAGCUUAGCAACAUGUACCUUCCUUUCCCCACACAGUGAUUAGCUGUGUGCAAGUGUUAGCCUAGCCUAGCAUAGUGUGUUGGUAUAGGGGUUUGCUUAGCGUAGCAUAGUAUAUUGGUAUAGAGAUUCGCCUAAUGCUAGUCCAGUGUGUUCAUAAUGCUAAUUUUAACACGUUUCUUUAGCUGCUGGUGUGGCUUGGUGUUAGCUUGUCUUAACCACUCCAAUAAUGAACGUUUAGGUUAAUAACUGUUAGUAUGUAAUGAUGUGUUAACAUAGUAAAACACAGGUAAACACAGCCCCGUAACAUAGUAAAACACAGGUAAACACAGCCCCGUAACAUAGUAAAACACAGGUAAACACAGCCCCGUAACAUAGUAAAACACAGGUAAACACAGCCCCGUAACAUAGAACGUCACACACACUGCUGCCACAAUGUUUUAAAGGUGUAACUAGCACUGCAGUGACUGACCCAGUUAUAACUGCAUAUUGACUAGCAUCAAAGUAUCAAUGUCCAUGUUACUAUUAUUAUACAGUUAUAAAUAACUGUAGUGUCGAUGUGAUGUCCUGCUGUUACUAGUAUUGAAUAAUAACUGACACGGUAGUAACUAAUGAAUAAUAACUGACACGGUAGUAACUAAUGUAUAAUAACUGACACGGUAGUAACUAAUGUUACUAGUAUUGAAUAAUACCUGACACGGUAGUAACUAAUGUUACUAGUAUUGAAUAAUAACUCUCACAAUAGUAACUAAUGUUACUAGUAUUGAAUAAUAACUGACACGGUAGUAACUAAUGUUACUAGUAUUGAAUAAUAACUGACACGGUAGUAACUAAUGUUACUAGUAUUGAAUAAUAACUGACACGGUAGUAACUAAUGAAUAAUAACUGACACGGUAGUAACUAAUGUUACUAGUAUUGAAUAAUAACUGACACGGUAGUAACUAAUGUUACUAGUAUUGAAUAAUAACUGACACGGUAGUAACUAAUGUUACUAGUAUUGAAUAAUAACUGACACAGUAGUAACUAAUGUUACUAGUAUUGAAUAAUAACUGACACAGUAAUACCCCUCCUUUAGGUUUGUUAGUCAGUUUUCCUGAACAAAAAUUUACCUUGUCUGUUAAAGGGCUUUACAGUGUUUGUAAGACAUACAGUAUUUUAAUACACAAUAAAGACGUGUAAGUAUUUUUCUGUCAA